AGCCAGGCUGAAAGCUCAGGAGCUCAGGACUGGCCUGAAGCAGAGACAGAGGGCUUCGUUAGCCCAAGCAAUAACCCUCAUAGAGACGACCCAUCCUUGCAAGAAGAAGGUCGCUGUCCAGCUCAUGGACUUGCUCUUGAAGGACGCGGCCGAAAAUCUUACCUGUCUAGGGCCUGAUUCUUUGUCGAUGCGUAUAGGUUUGUCUGGACCCCCUGGCGCCGGUAAAUCAACUUUCAUCGAAAAGUUUGGCAAGCACUUGACAGGUUGUGGUCACAGAGUGGCAGUUCUGGCUGUGGAUCCAUCGUCAGCAACUACUGGUGGUUCGAUUUUGGGUGACAAAACCCGCAUGCCGGAGCUUACUGUUGAUCCCUCAGCCUACAUCAGACCUUCUCCUGCCCGAGGACACUUAGGAGGUGUCACUCGCUCCACCAACGAAGCAAUAGUUCUAUGUGAAGCGGCUGGUUACGACGUCGUCAUUGUGGAGACUGUGGGGGUUGGGCAAAGUGAGAUAUCAGUCGCUGACAUGGUCGAUCUCUUCGGGCUGAUUAUUGCUCCUGCUGGUGGGGACGAAUUACAAGGGCUCAAGAAAGGUAUAGUCGAGAUGUGCGAUAUGGUCAUAGUGAAUAAGUCGGAUGGUGACUUGUUACCUGCUGCCAUGCGUACACAGGCCGACUAUCUGUCGAGCUUGAAGUACGCGCGUCCUCGGUGGCGGGACUGGCGUGUACCCGUUCUUCGAGUAUCAUCGGUCACAUGUGAAGGCUUGGAGAAACUCUGGGCGACGAUGACCAGCUACAGAAAACUAAUGUUGACCUCAGGGCAGCUGCUUCAGAGGAGACGAGAGCAGCAGAGGACGUGGCUGCACUCGCACCUGCAGGAGGCCGUCAUGACUGAAUUCAUGAACACCGGCGGCAUGGCUGCCGUUCUAGCGGACAUGGAGAAGAAAGUUUCAGCUGGGAUUGUGACUCCAGGAAACGCUUGUGAUGAACUUGUACUAAAGUACAAACAACUCUUAAAAUGAGAUUCAAGAAGGCUCUGAAAUACAUACUAUUAACUGCCCAAAAAAAUGGACUAGUUUUAACGCAUUUAUGGUUUUUGUUGCAUAGAAAAAAAAACUUAGCAGGUCAAUGUCAAUUCGAUUCUGCUGAGAUAAAGAUGAGUGCGAAUUAAAUAAAGAAUAUCCAAUGAUAAUUUACCCACUGAUUUGGUCAACUUUUAUUUUGCUUUUCAAGUUCCUAAUAAUUUCAGACCCUUCAAAUUGUAAAUUUUCUCUUCCAAAUAAGUGCCAUCUUACUUGUCGAUUUUCAUCAGGGUAGAAGGUCUAAACCAGUGGUUCCCAAACUUUUUCAGGCUGACGCC